AUGGAAAUUCUAUGUGUAGCAGAGAAGCCGUCAAUUGCUCGUGCUAUCAGUCAAAUUUUGUCAGGAGGGCAAUCAACGACGCGGGACAGCCCUAACCGUUUUACCAAGAACUAUGAUUUCUACUAUGAUGAACUACGGGCUGAGAUUACCGUCACCUCUGUUGCUGGUCAUCUUAUGGAAUCUGACUUCUCCGACGACUACCGGCGCUGGGAGUCUUGCGAUCCGGCGGACCUGUUCGAUGCGCCAAUCAUAACGGCUGUUCGAAAAGAUGGUGGACCUAUCGCCCGUAAUUUGGAGAUUGAAGCGCGAGGGAAGAAUAUGCUCAUGAUAUGGACGGAUUGUGAUCGAGAAGGGGAGCACAUUGGCAGUGAGGUGGCGAGUGUAUGCCGCAAAACGAAUGCACGAAUAGAAGUCAAGAGAGCACGCUUCAAUGCCAUUAUUCCUCAGCAGAUACACCACGCGGCUAGACAUCCCGUUGAGCUGGAUCGCCGACAAUCUGACGCGGUGGAAGCACGCAUACAACUGGACCUGCGCCUUGGCGCCGCGUUCACCCGAAUGCAAACCAAGAUGCUACAGAAUCAAGUACCCGAUCUCCAGCGCAAGAUGAUAUCAUACGGCCCAUGCCAAUUCCCAACCCUGGGAUUCGUCGUAUCCCGUUAUCAACAAGUACAGGCAUUUGUACCUGAAACCUUUUGGUAUAUCUACCUGUCGAUCAUGGUAGACGGAGAAGAGACCGACUUCACAUGGCGUAGAGGACAUCUGUUCGACUUUCCUGCCACUCUUGCCCUCUAUGAGCUGUGUGUUGAGAGUCCGGAAGCAACCAUCGCGCAAGUUACCAAGAAGCCCACGAAGAAAUGGAGGCCACUUCCUCUGACAACCGUAGAGUUGCAGAAGUCAGCGUCUCGCUUGCUCAGGCUGACUCCCAAGAGGAUUCUUGAUAUUGCCGAUGACCUGUAUUCGAAAGGCUUUUUGUCGUAUCCCCGGACAGAAACCGACCAAUUCGACCCUGACUUCGAUUUCAUGACGCUGAUACAGAAGCAAACCACUGAUCCCGCUUGGGGACAGUUUGCCCAAAGUCUUGCAAAUGGUGGUUUUAAUGCCCCUCGUAAAGGAAAGAAAAACGAUAAGGCACAUCCCCCGAUUCAUCCUACAGCCCAUGUAACCAACCUGGUGGGCGAUGAUAAACGAGUGUACGAGUAUGUCACGCGCCGCUUCCUUGCUUCGUGUUCCAAAGACGCGGAAGGUCAGCAAACCACUGUCACUGUUAUCGUAGCAGGAGAAGAGUUCAAUGCUACCGGACUCACGAUCACUCAGAGGAACUACCUUGAAGUGUUUACCUACGACAAAUGGUCCGACAAACAGUUGCCCGAUUUUGAGCAAGGGCAACACUUCAUACCCGUUGUGUGCGAAAUGCGGGAGGGACAAACGAGCCGUCCAUCUCUACUCACUGAAGCAGAUCUAGUAGGUUUGAUGGACGAGAACGGCAUUGGCACGGAUGCUACAAUCGCUCAGCAUAUCCAAACAAUCAUUGAUCGCGAAUAUGUCAUGACGCGGCAGGAGGAUUCUAUGAAAUACCUUGUCCCCAGCACGCUAGGCAUCGGUCUGGUAGAAGGAUACAACAAAAUAGGCUUUGAUCGUUCCUUGAGCAAACCCCAACUUCGACGAGAGACAGAGCAAAGGAUGGUCGAUAUAUGUGAAGGUCGAAGCACAAAGAAUGACAUGCUCUUCCAGUUCAUCGAACAGUAUCGGGAAGUCUUCCUGCGAGCGCGUGCUGCAUUUCGGCAGGUGGUCGAGAGCGUUCGCGAUUAUCUUAACGGUGACGGAAAUGUAACCGAAGGUGGAGCAAGCAGUGACGGCGAUGAUAAUGACGAUUUCGGGGGUGAAAAUGGCGGUCGCCCACCGAGAGGAACCCGAGCUCCCGCACGAGGAGGGAACAGGGGUGCCGGCACAAGGGGGAGAGCGCGUGGCACUACCGCACCUCGAACACGAGGUCAACCUCGAGGCAAAGGACCUUCGACCAAGCGACGACAAGAUGAUGAUUCAGAUGAUGAGAACAGCCGACCGCCGCGGGGCGCGGGCGCUACAGCGGUGUCUUGUCGCUGCGACGUCCCAGCUGUUGAGAGAACAGUCGUAAAAGAAACAAGCAACAAAGGGCGCAAGUUUUGGACAUGCCCUAAUGACCCGUCAUGCGGGUUCUUCGAAUGGGCAGACCAGGCAUCUGGCGGCAGUGCAUCAAAAACCGGGGCUUCCAGCAGGACCAUCCCAGCAAAACGGACACAUACGGUCUAUGCUCGAAGAUGCAAAUGUGACCUCACUGCUGUAUCCCGUACUGUGGUAAAAGAAGGGCCCAACCGAGGACGAAUUUUCUGGACUUGUCCCAAUUCGGAAAACGCUCGUUGUACUUUCUUUGAGUGGGAUGACGAACAGAAAGAAAUGUCCGGCCCUGAAUGUCCUAACGGUGACCAACCAACCAAACGGAGCCGCACAGCGGGUACAGGGACCACGCGCUCGAGUGGGCGGGCGGGAGGCCGAGGUCGUGCAAAAUCAACCAGAGGAGGCACCUCACGCGGUAGCAAAAGAGGCAAGCAAUGGUAUGAGUAGAGGCAGUAUUCUGUUUCCGACUUUCCAUGUUGUACUAGUAAGCAUUUCUACUCCGGGAAACUCCGUAGUAAA